UUUUAGAAAAUAAAAUCAGAAGAUGCUCAUAAUUAUUGCUAUUAAAGAAGCAGACAGCUACAUCGUGCAAUGUGAGCUCUGAAACACUUCAAUAUGAGAUAGCCAUGUUAUUUAGAUGCCAUGUGUUUCCUCAGCAUAUAGCAAAGGAUCCUUGUGCAGAGGAUCUUGCUAUCCAUAGCUAAAAUAUGCCAGCUCCAACGGUCGAGGUGGAGCAUGCAAGUAGCAUGCAUUGUGCAGAAUACAGCACCUACCAAAUACAACAGUUAUAUAAUACCUAGAUAGCACGCAUACCACCAAUAAAUACUCCAUUAGGACUGCAUUACAAAUUACUUUAAGUGUGCAAUCACGUCAAGAUCCACCAAUAGAGCAAACUCCCUGCAGAUUCUUGUCGCCAAUUGCUGGAACAUGGCAAUGUGAUAUCUCAUUGGAAGAACAGCUAAUGCACUAAAGAAUUUGAACCACACAUGAGCAAAGAUUCCUAAUGUUGCUGCCAGAUCUAAAAACCUUGAUAGACAGCAUCUGUGAAGAUGAAUUGGCAUGAUUCCUUGUGUCUACCAUUCAAAUGGACUUGCAUCAUACAGUUCCUAAGUAUAAAUAGGCCUCAGGAGAAGGGUAAACACAUCAAACCAAAAGGUGCUCUCCCAUUCUCAUAUCCUCAAACUCAACACAGAGAAAAGAGUUUCAGAAUCAGAUAUGGCUUGCCAUCUUAGAUCAAUCAGUCUGCCUUCUAGGCCUCACACCAAAGUUGAAGAGGAGCUGCAGAUCCUAGAGGCAUGCAUCUCUUCACCUUCCAUGACCAUCGAGACAAUCUCUGAUGGUCUGAGGAGGCUUGGAGACAUCUAUGGAACUAUUGAGGAGAUCAUGUGUCUUCCUAGCAAUCAAGUUUGCUCCAGCCAGCAAAGGAAGAUGUUGGACGGAGAAAUGGGGUGCUCCCUUGAGCUCCUAGAUCUCUGCAAUGCUAUGCACGAGGACUUCACCGAGUUGAAGUCUAUUGUCCAAGAUCUGCAAGUUGCUACCAGAAAAGGAGAUGAUGCAGCCGUUCAAGUCAAGAUCCAGUCUUACACCCGCCUGGUGAAGAAGGCAAAGAAACAUUUCAAGAAGGCCGAGAAGAAGGUUACUUCUUCCAAGGAGGAUUGCAGGAUGGUCAGGCUGUUGAGCGAGGCUAGAGAGAUCACUACCUCUCUGCUCAAGUCAACAUUGAACCUCCUGUCCGAGCAAAUUGCAACACCAAAGCGAUCUCUUGUAUGCAAGGCAUUCCAGAAGAAAACCUCAGUUGUUUGCAAGGAGGAACAGUUGCUGGUCCUAGAGUGCAGCGUCGAAGAUCUUGAGGCUGGAGCGGGAAUUCUGUUCCGGAGAUUGGUCCAGAGCAGAGUUACCCUCCUAAACAUUCUUAGCCCAUAGAUACUCCACAUCUGUUACUCUUGACACCCGUGAUUGGCUUCCACCUUUUAAAGGAUUGCCAUUCCCAUUGUAUAUGUAGAAAUGUACAGAAAUCUCCAUAUAGAAAAGGAAACAAAAGUUUUGAUCCAACUCAUAUUGUGUAUUCAAUCCUGAUGCGCUUCUGAGAUUCAUGAUGUGGUUACGCACUCUGUUAUAGGUUUCCAUUUUUGUGGAACGAAAAUAGAGAGCACAUAGACUUACAAAAAAAUGAUGUGAUUAUGCAAUGUGAUGCAGUAAUAUUGCCUUUCUGGUGACUA